AUGGUUUCCAAGCCGUCACAUAAUCUUAGAAGGGAACAUAAAUGGCUUAAGGAGACACGCACCAUUGAAGAGGACAAGCAAUUUGUGUUGCAACUAAUUAAUAAACAGUACACUAAUAAGAGAGUGCAACAACAUGCGACAUACCAACCGGCGAAGACAACUGGAGUUAGUGCCGUGACGGAAGUUCAGCCACCGGUUCUCCAAAAUAGCAUAUAUUCCGCCCCGGCAAAUCACGAGAAGGUAACUAACAAUAAUCCGAUAAUAGCCAACAAGCCUGCUUUUAAUGAUACGACCCGUGUUGACUUUAACCCAAAUAUUAAGAUUCCAGAUUCUAUGCUCCUUUCACAUACUGAAAAUGGUGCAGGCAAACAGCGACCGCCCCUGAUCUCACGACCUCAGAAUUUGAUUGUCCGAAAACCCGCGGCAACAUUGGAUCUUCGAGAUCAGAUAAUAGCCAUACAAGCAUCCCUGGUAGUUCAGUUACGUGCACAAUCUAAUAUCAUAACCAAAAGAUGCACCAUAUUAGAAUCUACUUCACUAUCGGAAGACGCCAAGAAAUCUGAGAUAUCUCAGAAAAUCGACCCAAUCCUGAAAGCCGUACAGAGUAAGCUCACAAAGUUGGAAACUGACCUUACCGAAUUACUGGUAAAGUAUGAGUCUUUGAAAGAGGAGGCAACUUCUUUUCCGAUAGAUGGCGACAAGAACAGUAGCGAACCUAUUGUUGAGAGUUAUAGCAAAACUACGUCUGGGAGUGUCGCAAUAUCCCCAACCCAAAAUAAUAUUCCACAGAACAACCUUGCCAAGAGUCAGCAAAGUGAUGCUAAGAACUCUUCCACAAUCAUUCAACUUCUAGACGACGACGAAGAUGGAAUGGAGGAAGAUAGCUCAAGUUUAUUCCAACCAGACAUACAAGUAACUCCAUCUUCCGACCCAGAGGUUAAUAUGUCUACUCAGACCCGCGCGCCAAUUGCCCGCAGAAGCUUGAGGGAAAGAAUAGAUGUCAAUUACAAAAUUCCUGAGAUGGUAGACCCGUUCGACUAUAAAUUAGGACGACUCGAUAAACCUUCGACGCAAGUAGACCAUGAUGACGACACCAUGGAGGCUGAAGAUGAUGAAGGGUCUGACUAUAUGUCGACAAGAGACGAGGAUAAUAUGGGUGGUAAUGAUUUGCGUGAUAGUGAUAUAGACUUUGUUGUGAAUGACGACGGUUCCGACGGGAUUACUAACGAAGAUGAGAAUUACUCUACGCAGAUUGCCGCCCGCGAGAAAGAAAACUUUGAGAUUAUUGUUUCGUCCCCUGAAGAAGAGGACGGCCACUGCGUCGAGGCCAUUGAUCUGUUACAAGAGAAUGAAGGAGAGGAGGUAGAAUACAACCCUCAAUCAUCACAGCACUUCGGUGCACAAAAGUAUCAACCAGUGGCAAAUGAUACUAUAAACCCAGCUACCAAUACUACAGAAAUGUCACAUUCUGACUUGGAGCUAAUUGCCGAUGAUAUCGAGCAAGACAUUGAGGAUGACGAUGAUGAAUUUCUCGAUAGUGAGCUCGAGAAAUUUGACGAGGAACGCGAAAAUAAAACGCAGAAGAUAAACAUGUUGGAAUUGGAUAAUGACCUGAAAAUCAUAUCAGAGAGGAAACUGGAUAAAAACGAAACGGCAAUGGCGUUUGACUCCUUGCCAUUGAUUAAAAAGGAACAUGGAGAUUCUGAAACUAAAGAUGAUUUCGAUGACUUAUCUCUGUUCGAUGAUCUCGAGUUGGAGAACUACGCAAAUAAGAACUCAACGCCACAAGCAAACCCAGGCGGUAAAUAUCCUUGGUCAGGAGAGUUAUCUAAUAAAUUGCAUGAGGUUUUUAAACUACCCGGUUUUAGGUCAAACCAAGAGGAGGCGAUCAAUGCGACCUUAGAAGGCAAGGACGUUUUUGUUUUGAUGCCAACCGGGGGUGGUAAAUCUCUGUGCUAUCAGUUGCCAGCGGUGGUUCGUUCCGGUAAAACAAGGGGCACUACAAUAGUCAUUUCACCACUAAUAUCGUUGAUGCAAGAUCAAGUUGAGCAUCUAUUGGCGAGAAAUAUUAAGGCUUGUAUGUUUAGUUCAAGAGGUACGGCAGAAGAAAGAAGACAAACGUUCAAUCUUUUCAUCCACGGUCUUCUUGAUUUAAUUUAUAUUUCUCCCGAAAUGAUAAGCGCUUCUGAGCAAUGUAAGAAAGCCAUUAGAAAACUACAUGAAGACGGUAAUUUGGCACGUGUAGUAAUCGAUGAGGCACAUUGUGUUUCAAACUGGGGUCACGAUUUCCGUCCUGACUAUAAAGAACUGAAAAUAUUCAAAAGGGAGUUUCCAGAUAUACCAAUGAUGGCAUUGACGGCAACGGCAAGUGAACAGGUCAGAAUGGACAUUAUUCAUAACCUAGAAUUGAAGAAUCCCGUUUUCCUGAAACAGAGCUUCAAUAGAACAAAUUUGUUCUACGAGGUUAAAAAGAAGUCAAAAAACACUAUCUAUGAGAUAUGUGAUGAGAUUAAAAGGAAGUUUAGAAACCAAACUGGUAUUAUUUACUGCCAUUCGAAGAACUCAUGUGAACAGACAGCUACACAACUGCAGAGAAAUAGAAUUAAGUGUGCAUACUACCAUGCCGGGUUGGAACCCGAAGAGAGGUUUAAAAUCCAGAAAUCGUGGCAAACAGAUGAGAUUCAAGUUAUAUGUGCCACUGUCGCAUUUGGCAUGGGUAUCGACAAGCCGGAUGUAAGAUUUGUUUAUCAUUUUACCAUCCCGCGUACUCUAGAAGGAUACUAUCAAGAAACCGGGCGUGCAGGGAGAGACGGGAAGUACUCGUAUUGUACAACCUAUUUCUCCUUUAGGGAUAUCAGGAACAUGCAGACAAUGAUUCAAAAGGACGAAAAUCUAGACAGAGAAAACAAGGAAAAGCACUUGGCAAAAUUACAACAAGUGCUAGGAUACUGCGAUAAUAUGACUGAUUGCAGGAGAAAACUAGUCUUGUCAUACUUCAAUGAGGAUUUUGAUGCCGCACUUUGCCACAAAAACUGUGACAAUUGUAAAAAUAGACAAAGCUCUCAGACUGAAGAAAGGGAUAUGACUGAAAUAUCUAGACAUAUUGGAGAACUGAUGGAAUCGUUGAACGGUAGCCGUGUGACGUUAAUUCAGUGCCAAGAUAUAUUUAAGGGUUCACGGAGCUCUAAAGUUAUCCAGGGAGGCUAUGACAAACUUUCGCACUAUGGUUACGGUAGAAAUAUGAGCAAGUCGGAUGUAGAAAGAAUUUUCUUUCAUCUUAUUACAAUAAGAGUGCUUAGGGAAUACUCCGUUAUGAACAAUCGAGGAUUCCCCCUAACAUACGUUCAAAAGGGGUCCAAUUUUUCAAAGCUAAUGUCGAACAAAUUGACUGUCAAAAUGCAGUUUGUGUCUCCGCCAACAUCAAGGCCUCAAACAGCCAAUAAAUCUCAUUCUCAUGACAGAGCCCCUACCUCCAGUGCCGCCCAUAGUCCGCCAAUGAAUGCCAAUCUCAACAACAAUAGCAAUGUUCCAUCCUUCAUCAGUGCGAAACAACAUCUGAGGUCGUUUACCUACAGUGGUGAAACCCCGCAAAAUCGGCAGCAUGUAAAGCCUAUUGCUUUGAAUAACGACAGAAGCGUGUCUCACUCGACUCAGCAACUCUCUGAUUUGACGGACGCGUACAAUAAACUUAAGGAAGUUUCGUUAAGCCUCGGGCAUCGAACAAACCCACCAACAGUCAACUUUCUGCCGGAUAGUCUGCUUCGAAAGAUAGCGAGGUGUCUGCCUGUAACAGAAGAGGAGUUUUCAAGCUUUCCAGAGUUAAGACGCCAAGAUCAUAAAAAAUUUAAAUACAUAAGACCAACGAUCAUGGAGUUGAGGAAAAGGAGAAUGGCUAUGGAGCUAGCAAGUGUCGAUAACAGCAGUUUAGUAUUGAGUCACUGCAGUACUCUCCCCGAUGUUAACACUUCUGGGUUUGCCGCUACUGGCUCCAGGUCUAAAUUUUUUGGUGCCGAUAAUGAAGGACCUAAUAAUGAGACGGCUAUCCAAAACGUGUUACAGAGCAUUGUUGGUUCCAACUCCAAUAAUUUUUCUUCCACUACCUCAUAUGAUAAAAGAAGAUAA